AUGAUAUCGGUAAGAUUCUAUGGAACAAGAGCAUAUCUCAUCGACAAAAGUCUUAUACCAGUAGUUUUGUUCUGGAUUGACCCAGUUGUUGGAUAUAAUUUCAUAACAUAUGGUUCAUUCGAUACGGAACGUUGCAGUGAAGGCUUACUUUACAUCGUUCAGAAACCGAAGGACUUCAAUACAAAGAGAUAUAAGAUAGGAAGAACAUUUAAUAUAACUCAAAGAUAUGACAGUAUAGUCAAUAGAGUCAAGGUUGCGUUUGUUAACGAUAUGAGAGCUGCUGAAACAGAACUACUUGAAAAGUUUGAGAAAAUGUAUGGUGCUCCCACGAGAGGUAAAGAAACGUUUGAAGUAGAUGAGAUCGACAAAGCUAUAAAAGUAUUUGACGAAGUUGCUGAAAAAUACAUGUAA